ACCAUUGAUCCCAUACGGCAUAUUGAAAGAAAUCUCAAUGACAGAGUCAGUGGUGUUCUCAAUGUCUAUCACCCACUCACAGACGAAGUCUUCAGUGGGAUAACUGAGAGGCCAGUCAGGAGUGUGGAAAGACCCACUGACUUCUGUGAGUCUCCCUCCACAUGUUAUGGAGCAGGUUCUUCCAUCUUCAUUCAGAGCAUAGCCUUCUUCACAAGAGCAUAAAUAUGAUCCCUUUGUGUUGUUGCACACAUGCUCACACCCACCAUUUGAAUCCAAACAUUCAUUAA